AUGGAUUUCGACGAAUACCAGGAAAGCAAGAAACGGUAAGAAAACGGACACAUAUAUACUUUGUUCACUUUUAAAAGGUUUCCGUUAAAAUUAUCACACCAUCUUCGAUUAAUAAAUCGUUAGCAGGAUCUCUGACCAGACAUUUUGCUGGGUAAAUUUUAAGCCAUCUGUGUGGCAUCUUCUGAAAUUUAAGGGUUCGUUAGCUGGAUAAUCAAUAAAUGCGAUCGAAACUGCAUCAAGUUCCUUUCCCGCGGCAAAAGUUAAAGCAUAACUUUCGAUCUCUUGAUCUCUUACGCUUCAAAAAAUAGUAGUUCAGCCUUAUAUACUCAGUAUAACCAAAAUGUCCAGCUUGUAUCACUCAAAUAUCGGGCUGACUGUUAAUAAAAUAAUUUUGAUUGGUAGAAUCUAUCAAGGCGAAUUUGAAACAUGGACAUAUUAAGCACGAUCAGCUAGUAACUUACUCAAUAUACAAAGGAUCGUCCACGCUGGAAGAUUUUUAAUAUUCUUACUUGAAAGUUUCACUUCAUACCAUUUAUGAGAAGCCGAAUAGAUCGUGUCGGAGAACGCAACAUAUAAGUUCUGUCCGAAGACUUUAAUGAUUGGCCGCAUACAUUGGAAAUAAAAAUUUAUCUCUUUGAGAGCCUUUGAUUCUUAUGAGGCAAAUAAAUUGACGUUUUGAAAGUUUGGAGUGCAUAGAGGGCCAUGAUCAGUUUUUAGGAAACUUUCUCCCACACGUUGUCUAUAUUUUCUGUAUUGUCGAUCAAUUACAGGAAAUGCACAGGAGAAAUGAUCUCCAAAUUCACCUAUUUUUUUGUUAUUGCAUUGUUUGUGUAUUGUUCCUUUGAACUUAAAGUUGUUAAACUUUUCAAAGAGAAAGUGUGAAAUAUAUGAAUUCAGGAAGAAUAGCUGGCUUUGAAUUCCGAUACAGAAAAACGAAUUUCCCGCCAUCUUUCAUACCAAUGGUGCAAUUAGAAGCGCGAACUCCUCUAUUUUAAAGUCUUCUUUGCUUCUAACUUUUUCAAGUCUCCUGAAAAUUACCUAACAAAACAAAAAAAAGUAAAUAAUACCAUAGUUUAACCAUGGUUUUGAAAUUUUUUAAAACUGUGACUUUUUUUGAUUACUUUUUUCAGAAGAAUGUCCAAUACUGAUCGUGUUGCGGAAAAAGAAAGAAGACUUAACGCAAACAUGAUUGAAAGAAGAAGAAUGCAGAACAUUAAUUCCGGUUUCACAAGUUUGAAAAGACUACUUCCACCGACAGAUAAGAAGCUGACGAAGGCAGCCAUUCUGCAGCAAGCUGUACAACAUAUUCUGCGUCUACAGCGGACUGUUGUACAAGUCCAGGAGAACAAUAAUGCUUUGCGACAAAACUUAGCCGAAGAAAGAAAGCAACGCCUUGCUCUAAGAAAACAGUGCGAUGCUUUCGUCACGGAGAAUUAUGCGAGACAGGAAUGUUGCAGAGGCCUUUUCUGUUCUCACAUGCAAAUUAAACUCCCUUCUACUCCCCCAGAAGAUUUUAGCGACAGGACAAUGAGCCGCUGGCCACUAAUGUCGUGUAACAAGUUGGAUGUUACACUUGGAGAAUACAAGAAUACAACGUUUGAUGGUUUCAGUUGCCAGGAUACGAGGCAAUGGCCUAGAGUACCAGUGAUACGGGAAAACACAUGGGAGGUACAUGAGAGCAAAGAAAUGUACCCAGCUGACAGUGCUGGAACCUGCAAAGAAGAGCCUUCGCCUGCGUCCCAAGAAUCCAGCGGUUUGUCUUUGUCACGUGAGUUUUCAGAAUCAGCUGUAUAUCAGCAGAGAGCUUGGGCAAAUAACUUGCAUUGCAUUGUGGAUGCAAUUAAUUUGAUUGAAAAAGAAUGA